GACCACGUCAAAUAAAAGUGCCCAGUUUUGUUGAUGAUAGUAUAUCAGCCAUUAAAACAAUGGAUAUGUCAGUUGAAGGAAUAUUUCGUAAAAAUGGAAAUAUUAGAAGAUUAAAAGAUCUUAGUGAUUAA